AUUAUCUACAUCAUCAGGUAUAUACGGGCCCCACGAAUCCCACUCCAAUCGCACCUGUAGUUUCAACGACGCACCAGUCAAGUAGUAGCGGACCUUCACGGUGGGGCAAAAUACAUACGGCACUAGGAAGAACAUGGAAAGAGGUUGGCAGACAAGUUAUCAGUCGUCGCGACUACUUCGUUGUGUUCAUUACGUACGUGUUUAUUUUUAUUAGUGCAAUCAUAUAAACUUCCAACGCAAUCUUCCCCGGAAUAAGCUCCAGUGACUGAAAAAAUACUCAUUUAAAUAAUUAAAUAAUCUCAAUUUGCAUAAAAAUCGUUAGCUAUACUCUAUUGUUUAUUUAUUUAUUUAAUUACUCAUUUAUUUGUAGCAUUAUCCUGAUUAAAAUCACGAUACUCCUUUUGUUGUCGUUUAUUAUUUUCUGUCUUUACUGUAAACAGUUUCUAUUUUUUAUCGUGCAGUGCAAUGUGAUUAGAAACUCCUCAUUUAUUAAAAGCCUCUUAAUUCUUAUUUUUAAUUGAAAACUGAGUAAUAAUAACUUUUUCAUCGUAUGAAGAUUUUAAGAUAAUGUGAUGUGAUACAUAUAACUUCAACUGAAAGAUACAUACUUUACAAUUUUAAUUAAUUUUUAAAUAACAUAAUAAGUGAAUUACAACAAAACACGUCAUUAUUUUAAUAAACUUGCAUCGUUAACAACGUGUAUCAAGCUAUUAAUUUGUCCUUAAAAAAUAAAGUGUUUAAACCUAGAAGCCGGGAUGCAGUACACGGAGCUCAUCAGCUUCAGAUAACACGUGGCAAUUCCACACACUCCUCACUUGUAAGGUUCACGCGCUGCAGCGUGAGAGGCUUCAAAACCACCAGGAUGCCAGGGGUGUGGAAAUUGCUACGCUUAAUCAUCUAUAUGGUGACGGGGAUACAAAUUGCCCGGGGCAAUGGUGACAUUUGGCCUCUCGAAAGGCCUGAGGGUAUGCCCGCCAUUCAGUCUUUAGAAGUAAUGUGUGGCAAAGACCACAUGGAUGUUCAUUUGUCGUUUUCCCAGCCAUUUGAAGGCAUUGUGUCCUCAAAAGGGCAACACGCAGAUCCAAGAUGUGUAUAUGUUCCACCAUCAACUGGUCAAACGUUUUUCUCUUUUCGAAUAGCUUAUGCAAGAUGUGGCACAAAACCGGAUAUGCACGGACAGUUCUAUGAAAACACUGUAGUGGUACAAUAUGAUAAAGAUUUACUGGAAGUGUGGGAUGAAGCAAAAAGGUUGAGAUGUGAGUGGUUUAAUGACUAUGAAAAAACAGCAUCAAAACCGCCGAUGGUGAUAGCAGAUUUAGAUGUCAUUCAACUUGACUUUAGAGGAGACAAUGUCGACUGUUGGAUGGAAAUUCAGCAUGGAAAAGGACCGUGGGCACCACCUGUUUCCGGAAUUGUACCUCUAGGCUCAACAUUGACAUUAGUUGUAGCAAUAAAUGAUUAUAGAGGAGAAUUCGAUAUGAGAGUAAAAUCUUGUGUAGCAUCUGAUGGUGGAGGUCAUACAAUUCAAUUGAGUGACGAGCUUGGAUGUGUUUUAAGACCUAAAAUGAUUAGCAGAUUUUUAAAAGCUCGUGGAGCUGAUGAUCGUGCUACAGUUAUAACUUACGCAUUUUUUCAUGCUUUUAAAUUUCCGGAUGCUUUGACUGUUCACAUUAAAUGCAAAGUUGAAAUAUGCCGACACGGUUGCUUAGACCAUUGUCAAUUGAGUGGUGCAGCUGAGCAUUACAUUCAAGACCGCAAGGAUCCUCCAGUACGGACACUUUACCCUCAAACCACGCAAACCACCAAUGACCAUGACGAAGACAUCGCUAUCUAUGAUGAUAUCAUACAGAAUGGUAAUGAAGUGGCUACGAUAGGUAGUGAGUUCAUUGGCGUUGAACCAUCCCUACCCAAACCACAAGCACAAACGGGUGAUCGCAAUCCUGUACUUGUUACUGAAGCUUCCGAUGAGAAUUCGGAAUCUGAGAUAUCACAUCCAUUUUUGGAGCCACCAAGAGUAACUCGGUAUAAAAGUGCAGAUCAAUUUCCUCACGGUCCUCGCAAUCUAGAAGAAGACAGUAAAGAAAGUCCUAUUCCACCGAAUCGCAAUACAAGACGAAGACGUGCGGUACAAAUAUCUGAUCGAAAAAUUCGUUCUGCUGACGUCGGUGUCAGUGGAAUAUACGAAGUCAUUUCCGAAGCAGAUCUAGCCUUUAGUCCUGAUACUCAUGCGGAAGCAGUGACAGUUUUUCAGGGUCGGAUUCGUGAAGAAGUUGUUUACGGAAUUUGCCUUCCAAUGCCUGGUUUUAGUGCUUUAUUUAUUAUUGUUGCACUUUCAGCAGUGGUAUCAGCAUUAGUUGCUGGUGCUAUGCUUCAUCGAUUGCAAGUUCAACGUGAAACCGCUGCAGGCAAUCAUAAAAAUCGAGUUGCGGUUGUCGCAAAUCCUAAUGGAUGGUUACCUUAUGGUUUGCUACGAGUCAGAUGCACUGAUAGACUUCAACAACGUGAUGACGAUAGGAUUCAAAAACAAGAACAAGAAAAUUCUAGAGUUGAUCAGUAAAAUAAGAAACAAGGUUGGAACUCUUUGGUUUAAUUGGUGAAUGACCGUGAUUUUAUUUUCUUUCUCAUGAAUUAUUUAUCAAUAAAAAAAAAAUGCAUUUUAAAUAUCGGUUGAUUUUAAUACUAGUUAUUCUUUGAGUACUUUCAUAAAAGUUAAUUCAUGAUAAGAAUUAAAAAUUGUCAUGGGAAUUUAACAUCACGUACCAACCAAAACUUCUAACAUCUUGUAAAUCAUAAAAUCUUAGGAACCCAAUCUUCAGAAUGACUUAGCCAUUAAGAACAACUUAUUUAUUUAUCUUCUUUCUUUUAUUUAGUUUACUUCUGAGAGCCCUACAUCACACAUCUAGAAGAUCCUAUCAUUAAAUCGAUUUCUUUUAUUUUAAGCCUUCGUAAAUUUUUGUAAUGGUACUAUUAAGUGUUAGUAAAGCCGUAAGAGACAAUGUGCAAUAUGUUGUACAAAAUACCAUAAAAUCUUAAAGUACUCCAACAAUCUUGAAGAAUAUAUCAAAACACCUAGUAGCAUUAAAUUUGUUGGUGCUUCUAAUUAUCACAUAAAUUAUUCUUUUUAUGUUUUACUCUUGUUUUUUGCUCUUUCAAAUCUUGAAUCUCGCAAU